UCUUUUCCUUUCCUUUUCUUUCUUUCCUUUUUUUUAAUUCAUCCCAUCAUUCCUUUGUCUUUAGUUGUCCUACUACCCCGACUUGGUGGUGCUUCCUAGGUCUCCAUCUCCGCUGCCCCAUCUCUUUCUCUUUUUGUUCUCCUCUGUUGACUUUUUUUUUCUUUCUUUCAUUCACUUGCCUAGAUACCUACAAACAUCAUACACUAUUUUGAAGCUCUUAAACCCCUUCCACUCGUUUCAGCAGCGAUGAAGAUCCGCUUCAAGGCCCCUUCUGGUGCGGGCUCUGUUGAAGUUCACGAUGCUUCUACAGUCAAGGAGCUGGUGGAGGCUAUUAAGUUAGCCACCAACUACGGUGACGUCACAGUCAAAUACGGUUGGCCGCCAAAGGCUCUAACUGCUGAGCAGGCAGAGCUCUCGGCGCAAUCCCUCGGUCUUCACCGAGAAAACCUUACUGUUGUCCCCGUCGAGAAUGACUCUACUACAAGCUCGCAGAAUACCCAGCCGACCCCCGAACCGACCACCACCGCCGGCACCGCCGCCAUCACCACCACCACCACCAUCCCCGCGGCCGCUCUGCCGGGCCUCCAGACGCCGUCUUCGGGUAAGGAGAAAAGCACAACUACAACUAAAGGCAUCAAGGACCAGAACAUCAGUGUUCCGAUGCCUGAAACAGGUUCAACUCUAGUUCUCCGAGUCAUGCCCGACGACAACAGUUGCCUGUUCACGGCCGUCGGCGGCGCGCUGCGCGGCCUGCGCUCGGACCCGUCGGAGACGUUCACGCCGGACGCGCUGCGCCGCCUCGUGGUCGAGCACAUCCGCGCGCACCCGGAGAAGUACAGCGCCGUGAUCCUGGGUAAAAGCCCCGGCGCGUACUGCGCGGGGAUGCUGCGCCCGGACACCUGGGGCGGCGAGAUCGAGCUAGCUAUCGUCUCCGAGAUCUUCCGCCUGGAGAUCGACGUCAUCGACGUCAAGACCGGCACCGUCUACCGCGUCGGCGAGGGCAACGGCUACCCCCUGCGCUGCGUCCUCGUAUAUUCUAAUGUACAUUAUGACCGCGUCGCUGAAAUCUUCGUCGAAGGCCAGGAGGAAGUCGAUUUUGACGUUACUCGCUGGGCUGCGGACGAGUCGAGCGAUCAUAUCAUCGUUCACGCGCAGGAAAUGUGUCGAAAGCUCAAAGAAGAGCAUCACUAUUACACGGACACUUCGGACUUCGUCGUCAUGUGCAACGAGUGUGGUUGGAUCGGCCAGGGCCAGACGGCUCUUGCGAAGCAUUCUCUUAGCACCGGCCAUUCGGAUAUCAGCGAGAUUAAGGACACCGCCGCAUAAAUCCAUACCA